GGGCUCGGCGCCGCGGACCCGCGGGAGGGGAGGAGGUCGGGUCGCCCGGCCUGUCAGGCGCGGGGCCCCGGCGCAAGGGCGCUCCCGGGGUCCCGCCGGCGGGGAAGGGCCUGAGGCGCCGAGUGGGGACACCGACGCCGAACUCCGGCCCGGGACGGCGGCGCCCCCUCCCCCAUCGUGCGGUCCCGGCGCCUCGGGUGCGAGGCCCGGGGCUCCUCCUUCCCAUUCGGACGUUUAGAGUCGAGAGCGCGUCUUCCGCUAAUGAAAGAGGAAUGAGUGAAGAGGGGCUCCUCCCGCUCGGUGUCAGCCCCGCCACUGCCCGCCAGACGCGCGGCGGGCAGGAAGCUUGGUUGGGUGUUUCCAUCAGCGUUCUCCGGCUCCGGCAGCCGUCCGCACGGAAUCACGUUCGGGGCCGUCCGCCGGAGCCGCGCGCGGCCGCGGAUGCGGCGCGGACGGUAGCCCCCGGGCGGGACGAAGGACUGCGUGAGCGCCGGGGUCCCCAGCGCCCGGUGGAUGACAACGCGCGCCACUCUAGGCCCUCCGUCUGUGCUGCUGAACGACUGACUUCUGAAUGGGACUCUGAAUGCCUUACCUCCCUGCAGCCCCUUCCUCUUCCCACGCCCCCGGCAGCAAACGAGGCCCACCUGCAGACGGCAGCCAUCUCCCUGUGGACCGUGGUGGCAGCCGUGCAGGCCAUUGAGAGAAAGGUGGAGGUCCACAGCCGGCGCCUCCUGCACCUGGAAGGACGGACGGGGACGGCGGAGAAGAAGCUGGCCAGCUGUGAAAAGACAGUGGCUGAUCUCGGGAACCAGCUGGAGGGCAAGUGGGCCGUGCUGGGGACCCUGCUGCAGGAGUACGGGCUGCUGCAGAGGCGGUUGGAGAACUUGGAGAACCUGCUGAGAAACCGAAACUUCUGGAUCCUGCGACUGCCGCCGGGGAUCAAAGGGGAUAUCCCAAAGGUGCCUGUGACAUUUGAUGAUAUUUCCAUCUACUUUUCCACUCCAGAGUGGGAAAAAUUAGAAGAAUGGCAAAAAGAGCUUUACAAGAAUAUCAUGAAGGGCAACUACGAGUCUCUUAUCUCCAUGGAUUAUGCCAUGAAUCAACCUGAUGUCUUAUCUCAGAUUCAGCCGGAAGGAGAGCAUAACACAGAGGAGCAGGCAGGACCAGAGGAGAGUGAGAUUCCCACAGACCCCAGUGAAGAGCCUGGCAUUUCAACAUCAGAUAUUCUGUCUUGGAUCAAACAAGAGGAAGAACCCCAGGUUGGGGCCCCACAGGAGGCUAAGGAGAGCGACCCGCACAAGGGUGCCUAUGCCGAUGAGGAGCUUGUCAUCAAAGCUGAAGGCCUUGCCCGAGCCUCCCUGUGCCCCGAGGUUCCCGUCACCUUCUCUUCUCCACCACCGGCAGCGAAGGACGCUUUUUCCGAUGUGGCUUUCAAAAGCCAGCCGUCUGCCUCCAUGGCACCUUUUGGACGUCCAGCCACCGACCUGGCCGAAGCCUCUGAGGGACAAGUGACUUUCACGCAGUUGGGCAGCUACCCCCUGCCGCCUCCGGCCGGGGAACAGGUAUUUUCAUGCCACCACUGUGGCAAGAGCCUCAGCCAAGACAUGUUGCUGACCCACCAGUGUAGCCACACAGGUGAGCACCCCUUGUCCUGUGCCCAGUGCCCUAAGCACUUUCCCCAGCAGGCCGACCUCAGCAGCAGCUCCCAGCCCCACGCCAGUGACACGCCCCCCACCUGCCCGCACUGCGCCAGAACUUUCACUCACCCGUCAAGACUCACCUACCACCUCCGGGUCCAUAACAGCACCGAGCGCCCCUUCCCCUGUCCCGACUGCCCCAAGCGCUUCGCGGACCAGGCCCGGCUCACCAGCCACCGGCGAGCGCACGCGAGCGAGAGGCCCUUCCGCUGCGCGCAGUGCGGCCGGAGCUUCAGCCUGAAAAUCAGCCUCCUGCUGCACCAGCGGGGGCACGCGCAGGAGCGGCCUUUCUCCUGCCCCCAGUGCGGCAUUGACUUCAAUGGCCACUCGGCCCUGAUUCGCCACCAGAUGAUCCACACGGGCGAGCGCCCUUACCCGUGCACUGACUGCAGUAAGAGCUUCAUGCGCAAGGAGCACCUGCUGAACCACCGGCGGCUGCACACGGGCGAGCGGCCCUUCAGCUGCGCGCACUGCGGCAAGAGCUUCAUCCGCAAGCACCACCUCAUGAAGCACCAGCGCAUCCACACGGGCGAGCGGCCCUACCCCUGCGCCUACUGCGGCAGGAGCUUCCGCUACAAGCAGACGCUCAAGGACCACCUGCGCUCGGGCCACAGCGGGGGCUGUGCGGGCGACAGCGACCCCUCUGGACAGCCGCCCGACCCCCCGGGGCCGCUCCUAACUGGGCUCGAGACUUCUGGCCUGGGCGUUAACACCGAAGGUCUAGAGACCAGUCAGUGGUACGGGGAAGGGAGCGGAGGGGGGGUUUUGUAAAUCUCGCUCCUUUCGCGGUUCUCCGUGCCCGCUGGCCCCUGGGCCCUCCGCAGUGAUCGCCGUGUGGCACGUCCGUGAGUUUGGGAUCUUACACACUUGACUACAGACACGCCGGAAUUUGGAACUUGAUAACAUUACAAGAACACCACACUUUGAAACCCAGAAAGACCUGGAAAGGGACCCAGCAUCCCGAUCGUUUCAAAAAUAUUACCUAAGCAGAAGUUGUAUAAGAAUGUUACAUACGAAUGUUGCAGAGAGGUUAGGAAGCAAGAUUUGUCCUCUGGUAAUCCAUCACAGGGUCGUAAGGUAAUAAUGAUCGUGGCUCUAGGUAGGAAGAGCCUCCAAAGUUCGAAGCCCAUCCUGAGGCAUGAGAAUGUCUCACCAAACCUCUGGUUAAUUCCUUGAUGGUGCGAUGGUUGUUAGGAGGGAGUGCUGGAGCCUGGGUCGCGUGCGCCCCUUCCUGAUAUCAGCUAAAAUCUGCUCCUGUGCUGAUGUACUGCCUCUCCCGAGAUGAGAAUUCAAGACUGCCUUCCUAGGUUUCCUAGAUUAAUUCUUCUAAUACGUUUUGUUUAAUAUCCGGGGAGCAAGAAGCCUGACUUUAAAAGCUUCUUAAGGAGAACAGUUCCUAACUUUGAAUAGUUUGAUUUGAAGAGUUCAGGCUCUUAUUGGCAUUUAAACUGCUAGGAGCCUUUGUGGAGGUCCUCGUUAAAAAAGCGGGAGCAGUGUCCUUAGCCCCAGCUUUAAAAUCUAGAGAGCCCAGAGAAAUGACAGAACAGCCUGAAAUUUGUGCCUGAACCAUGACAUAAAAAUUUAUGUCAGAUUUUCCUUAUUUCCAAGCUAAUAAGCUGGUUUUUCCGUUCCUGCUGUCUCAUCUUCUUGACAGUCAUCAGCAGAAAAGAUCACGGCGCUUUCCAGAAGCGUUACGGAGUUUCAGAAAGUGCCCGUGGCUCUCAGCUUUCCUUUCCUCAGUAGUGAGAUGAUGGUGCUCUCCUGCAGCUUUCUUGAGUUACCAGUGUCUGCGCGCCCCUUCCGGCUCUCCCCAUUGGCAGUGGGCAGACUGAAGGGCUUUGUGGGUCCCUGAGCACUAAGCACCAGUACAGACAAGGACAGCCCCUUCUUGCCUGUUCUGCUUUUAGGGACCUUGGCUCCCAUGUGCUCGAGAUCAUUCAGUCAGAGGAGGGCAUCGGAGUGUGGUCCUGCUACUAAGUGGCUUUGCAGUGGGACAUAAGUCCCUUUCCCUGUACAGACUGCAAAUUUUCAUCUGCAAAAUGAUGAGGCUGGUGGAAGGAAAAAAAGUGAAAUUAACAAAGAAAUUAACAAAACUUGUGGUUCAUUUCUUCUGCCAAAAUUCUAUCUCUAACUCUGGCUUCUCUCCAGGCGAAGCCAAAUAAGACCCCCCCAAAUCCAAGCAGAGACAUUCUUGUUGAAACUUGACCAAACUCGAUUUGUUUUAUUCCGGCUGGGAGCCUGAGGUGGGAGAGACUGCCCUAAGUCUUGGGCUGUAACGCUGUUGAUUCCUACCCUCUCUUGUUUCCCCUGAAUCUUUCUCAGAUGCCUGGAAACAAGGUCUGCAAGUACUUAGGACAGUUUCUUGAUGAAAUGAUAAGGGAGGCACCCAUUUUUCCCUUAUCACCUAGCCCAGCCUUCACCCAGCCUAGCUAUGCAUAAACACACUAGGAAAAAGGUUUUGCCCUGGCUAGCUUUGCUCCUGGGAAGGCUCUGUCUGAACAUGCUGCCCUUAGAGGACAAUUGCAUUUAUGAAACAUCUGCUCUGUGGCAUUCACAAUACCAGGGAUCACGGGAGACCUAAGAAUGAGUGUGAGACCCGAUUCCCUGCCAUAACUUAUAGUCUGAAGGCAAUGAGAAAAUCCAGUGUAGAACAAACCAGGACAACUGAUGAAAAGAACCCCAGCAUAUUGGGAUUAGUGCUUUCUAGUUAGAAUCUAGACCAAUACUAUAGGUAAAUGUAGGGGCUCUGGGGCUCCCAAAGCCAGGGUUCCAGCUUCACUGGUGACCUACUAGGAACUUGGUGUGAGAUCCAGCUCUGGUUUGAACCUUGUCUCCUCAUUAAAGGGGACAAGAAUCAAAGCACUACCUUUAGGUGGUGAGUUCCCUUUUCUGGAAGGAUUUGAAUAUUUGCCUGGGUGUGCUAGAAAGGGAUUCCUGCAAUAGGUGUGGUGCUGGUCUAGAUAACAUCAGAAACUCUCUACUCAAAGAUUUAACGAGGGUACAGAGCUUGUUAAUGAGAGAGACCUGUGGGUUAAAAUGCUACAUAUACAUCCCACAGUCUUUUCUGCAAGGAACUGUAGUCAGCAGGGACCCACACUCUGGCAAGAAGUUGAACACGGUUCAAAUAUCAAUGAGGUGGUUCAAAUGCCAUGGCAAUAGCCAUGAAGCUGAAUGACAGGGAAUGGGCAGGGCCAUGCCAGAAAGAUGGAAGUCCGUGUUCUAAUCCUCAGCCCCAUACACACCAGCGGUUUUCGAUUGUGCAUUCUGGUCUCCUUUCCCUGCACCGAUCCUCUAACAGGUAGAACUCUGGGCCAGCUCUAGACUUUGUUUGCUUAAGAUUCCUGAGCGGAUGCAUAAAUGUAUCGGUGGGAAACUUAAGUCCAACAGAAAGGUUUCAGAGUGUGGAGAAACUUGGUCCAUCGAGGGCUCUUGAGAGAGACCAUUUAACUGCAGUUGAAGUAGCUGAGGAUUGGUUGUCAUGACCAGGCAAGAUAGGAAAGACGAGAACCCAGAAAUGUGCUCUCCGUCAGUCUGCCCCUGGGCUAAGAGGUCUGUCACGUACAAAUAGGCAUAUCCCCUUGGAGUAGAUCCAGAUACUGACUCUAACCAGAUUCACUCUUUGCUUGCCAAGUUUUUCAUCGUCACCAUUAGAUGAGCCUCUGUUUCAGCCACAGGUGUGAAAAUAAAUGGAAGUUGAUUGCUUGUCUAGAAAGUGAAA